AUGGGUGAAAUGGCUAAUGAUGUUGAAGUGCCUACUUUCAAGGGCGAGGGUACCAAAGCUAAGGUUAUUUUCGAAGAAUUAGCAAGACUAUUACCGACACACGGUGAAGCAAUUGUUAGUAAGGUCCAGGCCGUAUUUCUAUUUAAAGUCUUCAAUCACGGUGUCUAUAAUCGUCCAACCGCACAAUCUCAAUAUGCUUUUUGGGUUUUGGAUUUGAAAAAUGGAUCAGGAACUGUUCGACAAACUGAUAAAUCAGAACCCUGCGAUUUAAUGUUUUUCGGCUCGGACGAUAACUUUGAGAACAUAAUGACUGGACUACAAAACCCACCUGUGGAAUUUUUCCGAGGCCAUUUUGUUGCAAAAGGCAAAUCUUACUUGUUGGCUAAGCUGAGGGAAUUGAAGCCUCUUCAUGCUGAUAUCCGGGCCAAGUUGUAA